AUGGCGAACCUUUUUCCCAGCCUUUUCCAAAAGCUAUUUGGCAACUCUUCAAUCCCACCCCCAACCCACAUCAAUCUCGCCGUAACAGUCUCAUCAACAACGCUCCACAAACACGGUUCUGGCAGCGAAUCCCACCUCAUCCUUGAGGCGACUCUUCCCCAGAGCCCAAACACACCCGACAAGCCCCUUACCAUCCUUAUAUUCGACACCCUCCUGGACCCUAGCGGCAUCGCCCUCUACAAGGACGGCCUCGACUUUAUCGACGUCGGCACAGGCGCUCCCGCAAACAGGACAAGCCUGAUUUUUCAUUAUGAAUUUGGCGGGAGGUCUAAUAUCCCAGUUGAGCCCCAGUCUGAGCGUUACUUCGCCACUCUUUACCCAGGUGUGCCGUACCGUGUGACGUUUACCUUAAAGCCAUGUCCCAGGAUCCAGCCACACGCUGAAGGCACUCCUGAGCGGCUUGAAAAUUCAUGCGGGGAGAGAGUUCCAACUGCGAGGGACGAGGACAUAGUUGCUUCGGUUUUUUCUCACGUCACAUAUCUGGACGUGGGAUCGAUGUACCGUGUUGAGCUUGGGAAUAAGUUGAACAAGAUAUGGUGGUAUCGAUAUGGAUCAAAGGAGGAGAUUCUGGGGGGACAAGGUACUGAAGGUGGUCUUGUGGGAAAGCUGAUGGGAACGAAACGACGGCGCGAGCUAGUGGAGGACAGUCUGAUGCAGCCAAUCCCCCUUGUGAUGCAGGGUUCUGCUAGAUUCACUGUCGUAGAGUAA